AUGGAAAAGUGGCUCGACAGCGAGGAUGCAACGAAGAACGUCCAUGCUCCUCCGCUGGCCAGUCGUCUUUUCCUCGCCUUCCCGUUUGAUAUUGCUCCGGAGAUGUUUGAUUUGACAGCCAGGACUCGAGGACUGCAGAUGCACGCGGAGCCGAGGAUGCGGAAUGCAAUGGCAAUGGCGAUGGCAAUGGGCGGGCAGUGUGGACUCGAGGCGGAUCUGUUCUACGUGCACGAGGGAUCCAUUAACACAUACGCGAUGCACUUCACCGUCCCGGUGCCCGCGGACGUCCACGAGCUGGAGUUCUCCUGGCAGAGCCUCAUCGCCUAUCCGCUGCCCUACGCCAUCAGCAUCGAGUACGCCAACGACCAGGACGCCCUGGGCACCCCGACGCUGAGCAUCCCCCACAAGGGCCUAGUGCCGCAGGAGAUCGAGUCCUUCCUGGUGUACCUCCCGUGCACGGGCAACGCCAGCCUUCAGCUGCCCGUCAACGUCAACAUGGUGGUGCGAGGACCCCCGCGCUUCAACGACACCAGGCUCCACUUCAAGCGCAACAAGAUCUGUGCCAAGGGCAUCUCACCCGAACCGAACCAAUCGCCGGCCCCCGCCCAUGCCCCCUCCCAGGGCCCUGCCUUGCUGAGUGCCGCAGCCUGUGCCGUCGGCCUGGUCCUGGCCGUGGGUCUCGUGGCCAGCAUGAUGUAUUUGCGGGCUCGCAAGCAGCUUCGCCAGGACUCGCUUCACACAAGCUUCACCACCGCGGCCUAUGGCAGCCACCAGAACGUUUUCAUCCGCCUCGACCCGCUCGGACGGCCACCGAGUGCCACCGGCUCCUACGCGACCAUCGCCAGCCUCAACAAAUACCCCGGGGAGACCAAGAAGUCGUGCAGCAUCUUCGACCGUUUCCGCAGCUCCCCCAUCCCGACGCCCUACGCCACCGCCUUGCUGCCGAUGGGGGACCAGACGCAGGCCGGAGAAACAAUCUACUCGAAGCCAGAGUCGAUCUGUCCCUCGAGGAUAUCCUACUACGCCUCCUCGCAGCUGACGCUGACCCAGCCCCCACUCACAGCCCUGUAA